UCAAGAGGGCGGCACGGAGCGGAAACCGUGACGCGGCGUACGCGCAGACUCACGAGGAGAUCGCGGCUCGUUGUCGGCAUCUCCUUCUACACUCAGGCGGGCGAAGAGGAGACAGAGAGCGGCGAGGAGACGCGGCGACGACACCCAGGAGCGGUCAUGGCGCCCGCGAAGAAGGGAGACCUCGCGGCCGAGGAGGCGGAGCUGCUCCAGGCAGUGUCGAAAGGAAAUGUCCAAGAGGCCUGCAGACUUCUGGGCCUCAAGACGGUCCGCAUCAACUGCCUGGACGAGCACGGGAUGACGCCGCUGAUGCACGCAGCCUACAAGGGCCGAGCCGAGCUGUGCGAGCUGCUGCUGCGGCACGGGGCGAACGUGAACUGCAACGAGCACGAGCACGGAUACACCGCCCUCAUGUUCGCCGGGCUCUCUGGGAACAAGGAGAUCACUCGCAUGAUGCUGGAGGCCGGCGCCAAGACGGACGCGGUGAACUCCGUGGGACGGACCGCCGCACAGAUGGCCGCAUUCGUGGGGCAGCACGACUGCGUCACCAUCAUCAACAACUUCUUCUCGCGGGAGAGCCUCGACUACUACACCAGGCCGCAGGGACUGGAGACCGAGGCCCGGCUCCCGGCUAAGCUGGCCGCCCCCCUGCACCGCAUUAUCCUCACCACCAACCUCAACCCCGUCAAGGUGCUGCUGAUGGUGGGCGAGGGCCCGCUGUGCUCGGUGGAGGCGCUGGCGGCGUGUGCGCGCGUGCUGGAGCGCGUGUGCGAGCGCUGCAUGCAGCAGCAGGACAUGAACGAGGUCCUCGCCGUCAAAAUCCACUACCUGGGCGCCAUCUUCUCGCGCUGCCUCGCGCACCUCCGUGGCGGUGGCGGCCUUGAUGGGCUGCUCAAAAGCCUGCUGAAGGGCCGAGAGGAAGACGGCUUCCCGCUGCACCAGGAGAAGUUUGUGCGCGAGGCCGUGCGCAAGUUCCCCUUCCCGCAGGCGACGCUGCUGCAGCAGCUGGUGCGCAGCAUCGCGCCCGUCGAGAUCGGCCGGGAGCCGACGGCGCUGUCCAUCCUCACGCAGGCCGUCACGGGCCAGGUGGGCCUCGUGGACGCCGAGUUCUGCACGACCUGCGGGGAGAAGGGCGCCGACAAGAAGUGCUCCGCCUGCAAGAUGGUGGUGUACUGUGGGCAGCCGUGCCAGAAGCUGCACUGGUUCACGCACAAGAAGUCGUGCCGCCACCUGGCGGAGGAGUGGCGGCGCCAGGAGGCACGGGCGGCGCGCGAGCGGGACAAGUUCGGGAAAGAGCAGGAGGAGCAGCAGCAGCUGGAAGGCCCUGCAGCAGGGGCGAGUAAAGGAAACGGAGAGGGCGGCGAGGAGGCGUCCGCGUCAGUGCCCGAAGACCCGACGCAGGCAGCGCCACAGACGCCUACGGACCCCGCGCCCCGUGAGGACCCCAAGGGGGCAGACUCCACAGUGGGGGAGGGUGGUGUGACGACGCACAGUGUGGAGGAGUGAUGGGGACAAGGGUGUGCGCGUGAUGGAGAUUGUUGGGGGGGGAGGGGGGAGUGAUCGGGAGGAGGGGUGGAGCAGUGUGAAGGAGUGACUCGAGAGUGUAGAGUAGUGGUGGGGAGUGACAGAGCAGGGAAGAGGAAUGAUCGAUCAUGUGGACGAGGAGUGGGAUCGGUGUGAGUGUGGUGGAGCGAUCGGUCUGAGUGUGGUGGAGCGAUGAGUGUUCGGGGGGUGACUCGGGAGUGACCCCAGGGGGGUGACUCGGGAGCCUGUGCUCGGCCACACCACUCGCCCUCCGCACCUUCCGCGCCAGCGUGAGACCCUCGCGGGCGAAGAGAUUGCGCCGAUCGUUUAUUCAAAACUAGAAGUUGAAAUCACGGUCGUUUCCAAGCUCAACCUCCGAUCGGUCGUGACCCAUCAUCUCUCCACGGUCAAUAAAACCAGUACCACUUUGUGAAACGUCAA